AUGAAUUCUAAAGCUUUAUUCAUAUGCUUUAUGCUACUACAGCUUCAGAAAGCCUUAUCAACUUUCACCUAUUUGGGAUGCUAUCCAAAAUCAGCAUUUUCGGGAACUGGAACAUCAUACACUUAUCAAAGUGAAGGUUACUGCACCAAUAAAUGCAGUGGCUACUCAUACGCUGCGAUGAUUGACGGUUCUACCUGUCUUUGCUCAAACUCUGCUCCUUCUACUUCAUCUUCUUCUGAGCUGAAUUGUGACACCUCAUGUCUGGGUUACCCACAGGAUACUUGUGGUGGAGAUGAUUAUUAUUCUGUCUACUCCGAUGGUGAUAGCGAAUCAAGUUCAUCAUUACUGUCAUCGUCCUCACUGAGCUCCUUAUCUGCAUCAUCCUUAUUGUCCUCAGCAUCAGCAUCAGCAUCAACAUCAGCAUCAACUUCAUCUUCCUCAAUAACUAGCGCGACAACGUCAUCUUCAAGCUCACUUAGCUCUAGGUCUAGCUCUUCCUCCUCCUCUAGUACAACUUCAACUUCAACUUCAACUUCAUCCCAUAGUGUUAUGAGCUCAUCAUCUCUUGCAACCCCUUCCACUAUUGAGACCACAUCAUUUGCCGUCAGUACUAACGAUGGCAGAACAAUAACGUCAGCUACGGUUAUCAAAACCACAUUAAGUUAUUCUAAUGUCUAUGUCACUUAUACUGCUCCAGCGACUUCUAGCACCUCUAGCUCUCUGGCUGGAGAGACAAACUCUAAAAAUAAAUCCUCCAAUGGUUUAGCGAAGGGCGCUAUUGCAGGGAUUACCAUCGGAUCGAUUGCAGCUGUGCUAAUAUUUUUGGCAGUAUUGUUGUUUAUUUGGAGACAGCGUAUGAAAUCAAAAAAUUUAGAAAAAACUCAAAAUGCAGCCAUUGCAGCCACAAUGAUCGCCAACAACCAUUCAGGAAGAUACCCAGAAAAGAAAAGAUUCAGUAAUUUGCAUGAUCCUGUGGAUGAUGAAGAUGCAGAGUUUGGACCAGUGAUUGGUUCAACUGGUGAUGGCAACAACACUUCAGCAGGCGCUUCAAAUUUCUCAAGAAAUCCAAGUAGUAGAUUCAACUUUAAUGAUGGAUUGGGUAUAAGGACGAAUUCUCCAUUGUUAAGCUCCACCAGCCCCAAUACGAGCGGCCAUCAAAAAGAUCCUUCGGUCGGAACAGUGGUGAAUGAUUCAGGUUUGUCAAGGGAUUUAUCUUUCGACGAUAAUACCAACGCUGUAUUAGGAGGUGGCAUAGCUGAACAAGAGGAAGAUAUAGAUGUCUUCAACUUUUCUGAUCCAAAUGAACUCCUUACCACUAGUCUCGCUGCGGCAGGUGGUGCUCCUGGCUUAAGGGUUACUAAUCCAGAUAGAUAUAGUGUAAUUAGUAGUGUUAGUGGUUUGACAAAUGUCAACACAAAUACUGCUGCUGCCCAUGUUCUUGGCUCUCAAUCUAUUAUCAAUGAUAGUGAUGAUGACCUAUUCAAGGACAGAGUGAAGUGA